AAAACGCUGACAGCGUGAGAAGAGCUCGUGCACUCAGCUCCAGCAAACACACGUACAUACACACACACACACACACACACACACACACAUCCCGCUGCAUUUCAAAACCUAAUGGCGCCAACGCUGGACGCUAGUUUUUGCCGUAUGGAUCCCAAUUAAUAUCAGACACCAUAUAGAUAUCACACUAGUUUGAUCCAAAAAAUAAAUCGCUCCUAAUGGAUGAGUUAGAACAAAUAAAAAAGGGCAUCGGUUUCGCAGAAGUUGUUUGAACUUGCAGGAGCGCACUCGCGACUUUUCCUCACGGAGCACUGAGAGCAUGGAGCGCGCUUUCGUGAUGGAAUGGAUUUAGAGCUUCGGCUUUUACGCUUCUGGUGAUUCAGUGACUGUUUUUUAUUUUUUUAUUUUUUUAUUUUUAUGAACCCCACCUCCUCUUUCACCACCGCUGGAUUUCUGUCUUUUCGUUCAGAGAAGCCGUUCAAAUGCUGGAAUGGAUCGGUGCUGUUUGUGUCCUCCUCUUGGUGGCCACGGUCUGGCCAGUGCUCAAACAUUUGGGAUCGUUUUUCCGGGGGCCUGAAAUCGCACUGGGAAACAGGAGCGCACCGGAGUGUGCAGCUGGGACGGAGCCUGGUAAAGUGCACGAGGCGGCAGGUGAAUCAUCAUCGUCAUCAUCGUCAGCAUCAGCUCCUGUCGCGUUAAUCUGCAAGCCCUCGGCACUCGCUAAAUACCUGCUUAAACACUGCGUGAGCUUCUGCAAAUACGUGCCGUACCCGGCGUGGCACUGGCGGACCAGCUCGUGUCUGCAAACGGUUUGGGGCGCUCUCUGGCCGCACGACUGCGCCGUGCAUUUCAUCCGAGAUUAUCUGCAGCUGAGCGAUGACGGCCUGGUAGCUCUAGAUUGGGCUGUUGUUGGCCCUAAAAGGAGAAGGACUUCAAGCAAUUCCUCCAGCCCUAUCCUUCUGAUCAUUCCCAACUCUUUUGGAAAACUAACCAGAAACGUCUUGACGCUCUGUGAGGCAGCUUUGAGUCAUGGCUACCUCCCUGUGGUGUUUAACCGGCGCAGCCAGAAUGGUACACCUCUCAGCACCAUCAAACUACAAGAAUUCGGUGACCCAGCCGAUCUACGGGAGGCGGUACGCUACAUCCGCUACCGCCAACCUGUAGGCCGUCUCUAUGCUGUGAGUGAGAGCACUGGCUCAGGCCUACUCCUGUCCUACCUGGGGGAGUGCGGCUCCUCCAGCUACAUGACUGCAGCCGCCUGUCUAUCACCCAUCUGCUGUCAGAGCUGGUUUGAGAGCGGUCCCUGUUGGCCCUUCCACUGGGUCCUCCUACUCUAUCAGAAGGUCUGCCUUAGCAGGUACAGAACAGUGCUGGGGGAGCUGGUCCAUAUCGACAGCCUGUUCUCCAGCCGCUCGCUCAGGGCCAUGGAAGAAACACUGUUCUGUCAGUCUGGUCUGAAGGAGGCGCCGAGCGAUGGAGCCUGGGAGGCGUACUGGGAACGCAAUGAUGCAUUAAGGGACGUGGAUGAAGUGGCAAUUCCUGUUCUGUGCGUGUGCAGCCGCGACGAUCCAAUUCGUGGUGACACUCGGGCCACACUACCCUUAGAGCUGUUCGAGAGCAAUCCUCACUUCUUUUUGCUGUUGACGGAAAGCGGAGGCCACUGUGGCUUCUCCACUGCCAAUGAAGGCCCUGUGCUCUGGAGCCACCAAGCCCUUCUUGAGUUCUUCAGGGCUACCAGCGAUUUCUUUGCCGCUGAAGAGCGGGCCAAGUUAAACGCCAGGCGUCGUGAUGUGAACAUGGGUGCCAAGGCUUUUCGCCAUUGCAGCGUGAGCACUUCCAAAAGGCUACUGGUCUGCUCACACAACAUCCACUCUAUCUACAACUGGCAGAGGUCUUACACCAGAUGAUUAUUACAGACAUACAGCAUGGAGGAGUUUUUUCUAAAGAACUAAUCCUAUCGCAACAUAACAGUCAUAUAUCAAAAUGUUGGUUUGUGGCAGAGUUUGGCAGAUAUUUGUAUUUUUUGAGACUGUAUACGUGAAUGAAUCGAGCACUUUACAGUAAGAUAAAGAAGUAGUUAUGUUAUCAGGGUUUUAUGCUCCACAAUUUACAUGGUGCUUCCAGUAUCUCAUUCCUUAAUCUAUUCCUUAUGCUCAUCUGGAUGGCGGGUGUCUGUAGCUGAUCUCACUGCCAUUACAACAUCCUGCAUGUCAAAUGAUAAAUGCAGAAGUUUCCAUGAGGUAAUGCUCUCAGUAUGUGCAGCUUCUGAAAGGUGUAGUAAUGAAGCUGUAAUGUUAUCAUGAGGUCAUUAUGUUCAUGCUAUAAGUCUGUAUGACUGCUGGGAUAUUUAUAAUUGCCUUGUUGUGUGACGUCACUUUGUGUGUAAGUACUGAGAUCUUGUUGAACACACUAAGGUUGCAGGGUUGUGGUGGUGUUCUUGGCAAUGGGUCAAACUAGCUUUUUGAUUUUUCACGGAAAACACUGGUGUGCCAGCCUUUUUUCUUUUUUUUUUUUCACAAUUUGUAACACAUUAUUAUUGUCAAAUCUGUGUUUAUUUGUUAAAUUAUCUAAAUGCUUGAUGCAAGAAGUUAAUUAAAAUAACUAAUAUGAAAUAAUCUACUUGAGAUUCACAUUUCUUUGAUUUAACAAACUGUAUUUUAGGUGAUAAAACAAAAUGACUGCAUCAGGUGAUUAUUUUUCUAGCCAGAACUCAUUUCAGUGAUGACUUUGUUUAAAUCAGACAUAUCAGACGUUUCUAGAUCUAGACUGCAGUCAGAGCAGAGUAAAUGGUUGUGAGCUUGAUUGGAUGUGACCGUCUCUGUAAAUUACAGUUCCACUGCUCCCAUUCUGUCUCCAGUAUAUUUCUGUGACUCCUGAUCACUGCACUUCCUCUUUUAGAUGCAUAUAAAUUACCUGUCAAGUCUGCUGCAUAGUUUUAUUAAAUCAGAACACUA